AUGUUGCUCCUUGAAUCCUUGUGAGCUCAGCGAUUAGUUUCGCCUAAUGAAAUUACUCUUUGGGGAAAUCUUGAAAAAAUGCUUUACUUACUUUGUUGUAGAACAAGCACCACCGCACCAGUGCGAUCACUAUGCAGUCGAUUCAAUAAAUCUCCAGAUUUAUGGAAAUGUUCACGAUCCUGGUUGUAUCCAUCACCAGUGUCUAAUGUGUCCAGCUCCUCACACCAACCUAGAAAUGUUGCGUGUCGCCUUUGGAGUCUAACUCAGAGAGCAGUCCGCCAGUCUGCCACCCACCCAGUAAAACCUCCAGAGAUGGCCCUGAAGUUUAUCCUGGCGCCGGUGGGCAUCACUAUGUCUGCAUGGCUGUUCAGAAAUAUGGCAUUUUGUGAGGCAGAUGUGAACAACAACACCCUUGUAGAAGUCACAGCCAAAGACUCUGUGCCUGACUUCAAAUGGCAUAUCCUAUGGGAAUUUGUCAAACCUCAGCUGUUUGCUCUCAUUGGUGCUGUUGUGCUUGCUUUUGGUGCCGCCAUCUUGAAUAUUCAGAUUCCCUUAAUGCUGGGAGACUUGGUGAAUGUUGUGGCUCGCCACAUGAGGGAACACACUGGGGACUACCUCUAUGAGAUCAGAGCCCCUGCUCUGAAGCUGCUUGGACUGUAUGGUAUUCAAGGUCUGCUGACCAGUGGCUACAUCAUUCUUCUGUCAAGGGUGGGGGAGAGAGUGGCAGCAGAUAUGAGGAAGACCCUAUUCACAUCUUUGUUAAGGCAAGAUGUGGCCUUCUUUGAUGCUAAUAAGACUGGGCAACUGGUGAAUCGCUUGACUGCUGACAUUCAGGAGUUCAAAUCGUCCUUUAAAUUGGUCAUCUCUCAGGGCCUGCGGAGUAUCACACAGACAGUCGGGUGUUUUGUCUCCCUCUAUGUCAUCUCCCCCAAACUCACUGGUUUAACAGUCGUCGUCCUGCCCUGUCUGGUCGGAGCGGGGGCUGUGAUCGGCUCAGUCCUUCGCAAACUGUCUCGUAUGGCUCAAGAACAGGUGUCAAAAGCAACAGGAGUGGCGGACGAGGCGCUCGGCAAUGUGCGGACAGUGAAAGCCUUCGCCAUGGAGGAGCGGGAGCUUCAAUUAUAUGCAUAUGAAGUAGACAAGUCAUGUGAGAUGAAUGAAACUCUUGGCACAGGAAUCGCAAUUUUUCAAGGCUUGUCAAACAUUGCCCUAAACUGCAUUGUUCUAGGAACGAUUUUUGCUGGAGGCUCUUUAAUGGCUGGUGAUGAAAUGUCCCCUGGAGAACUUAUGUCUUUCCUGGUAGCGUCCCAAACUGUUCAGAGGUCUUUGGCCAGCAUUUCCAUCCUAUUUGGACAAAUGGUGAGAGGCUUAAGCUCGGGGGCCCGGGUUUUUGAAUACUUGGCUCUGGAGCCUACCAUUCCAGUCUCAGGCGGGGGACGGAUCCCUUACCAUUCUCUGACAGGAAGGGUUGACUUCAUGAACAUCUCAUUCAAUUAUCCAACAAGACCAGGGCAUCAAAUCUUGAGAAACUUCAACCUAACGUUGCCCCCUAGUAAAACUAUUGCUAUUGUUGGCGAAUCUGGAGGAGGAAAGUCCACAGUGGCGUCCUUACUGGAGCGUUUCUAUGACCCGACCAAUGGUGUGAUCAUGUUGGAUGGGCUUGACAUCCGAACACUUGACCCAUCCUGGCUCAGAGGACAAGUUAUUGGGUUCAUUAACCAGGAACCAGUGUUGUUUGGCUCAUCUGUGAUGGAGAACAUCCGCUUUGGGAAGCCCGAGGCCACCGAUGCCGAGAUCAUCAACGCCGCCAAGCAAGCCAAUGCUCACCGCUUUAUCACAAGUUUCCCAGAUGGCUAUAACACUGUGGUUGGUGAGCGAGGUGUAACACUGUCAGGUGGCCAGAAACAACGCAUUGCCAUUGCCCGUGCCUUGAUCAAGAACCCGAGCAUCCUGGUGCUGGACGAAGCCACCAGUGCCCUGGAUGCAGAAUCUGAGCGAGUGGUGCAGGAGGCUCUGGACAGAGCCACAAAAGGUCGCACCGUGCUUAUCAUCGCUCAUCGGCUGAGCACUAUACAAGGGGCCGACCUUAUCUGUGUCAUGAGCAAUGGCCGUAUUGUAGAGGCUGGGACUCACUUGGAGCUGCUGAGUAAAGGAGGGCUCUACUCAGAUCUGAUCCGCAGGCAAAGAGCCGAGGGACAGAAAUGAAGAUUUAAAAAGAGUUUACUUUAGAUGUACUUCAAGUGAUGAAUUAAAUUUCUGAAAUGCAUUGGGAAACCUUGCAUGAACAGAUCAUUGAUAAUUGAAAAUAAAUAUAUUGUGUUUUUUAGCUCCGAGUCUACAUUGAUGAUCAGUUGUUCAAAUUCAGUUUCAUAAGUGGACCAACUGGAUAGUUUCAGUUUUAGCUGGAACUCAUUACUGGCAAAGAACUUAAUUGUACAGUAUUUAAUGCAAAUAAAAUAUAGUGACUUUCCUGCUGUAUAGAAUUCUUCUGCUUUUCAGAGAAUAUACUGUAUUCAUUAAAUAAUAAGAAAAUAAA